UCCAAGACAAUCACAGCACAAGACAAAAGUUUAGAGCAGCGCUAUGCAGACGAACACACAGCGCACUUUCCCUCCGAGUUUUGGUCUGCCUGUGCGACUGGCUGAGUCCUGUUAAUUGUGCCUCAAAGUGAGAUAGGCAGUUCUGAGGGAAACAUAAGGAGACGACGGAGGCGCUUCAGCCAGGAAAGAAGUGCCGUGAGAAAGAAACCGUCUCUCUCUCUCUCUCUCUCUCACACACACACACACACACACUACCACAGCCGCGCCCGGAUCACAUCCUACAGCACAGCGCUCUCCCUGCUUCCCUGCUAUAGCAUGGCCAGUUCGAGUAAAGCGACUUUAAUCUUGCUCGUCUACGGAAUCUUAAUGCACUACAGCGUCUUCUGCACACCUAUCGGACUAAGUUACCCUAAGAUUAGACUUGAAAACGACGCCUUCGAUGAGGAUGGGAAUUCAUUAUCCGACAUGGGUUUUGAUAGCGAUCAGAUUGCUAUACGAAGCCCACCAUCCUUAAACGACGACGCGUACACUCUCUACUACCCUCCAGAGAAGAGAACAGAAAGGCAUGCUGAGGAAGAAUUAGAUAGAGCCUUGAGGGAGAUCCUGGGUCAGUUAACAGCGAGACAUUAUCUGCAUUCUCUGAUGACAAUUCGUGCAGGUGAAGAAAACAGCAUGGAGGAAGAGUCAGAGCCCUUAUCCAAAAGACAUUCAGAUGGGAUCUUCACCGACAGCUACAGUCGCUAUAGAAAGCAGAUGGCCGUGCAGAAGUACCUGGCAGCGGUUCUGGGAAGAAGGUACAGACAGAGAGUUAGGAACAAAGGACGCCGACUUGCCUAUUUGUAGCGUUGUUAAAGCGCCCAAACUGCCCUCCUGUGUAUAUACAUCCAGUCGUUAAAUCAAAGUCAUUCAGAUAUAUCUGACCAACCAGUGGAUUGCGCCUGUGUUCUUUCAACAUGUAUUUAUGUAUGAAGUAAAGCCAUUAAAAUGAAUAUUUUAAUAAUAAUAUCGUUUUUUUUUUCUUUUUGUACAAAAGCACUUGAAACCGCACAGUUAUACUUUGUGGACCAAUAUUUUAUUUUCAUGUUAAGCUGUGGAAAACAAAUCAAAAAUGAUAUAAAAAAAAGAAGACAUCUGAAGAAAAAAAAGAGAUAAUUGUGCACCUUCAAUAUUAUGCGCUUGAAAUCUUUAAAAGUCAUCUACAUAUGCAGAAAAUAAAUAGAUUUUAAAAAGACAAUCAAAGUAUUGAAUGUUAUACUUAUUUUUGUAACCAACGUUCUAUUUUUUUAGUGUUGUUUGUUUUCCAAACAGGCCCAAAGAAGCAGUGAGCAUGCUAUGUGAGGCAUAUCAGGCUUAUCCUAAAUGAUAGAUGAUGCCCUUGCCCCCCCCCCCCCCCCCCCCUUCCGUGGGUUUGUAUAGCUUGCUGCCCCUCCAGGGGAUUUCAGAUGGCUUUUGUUGAAUAGCCUCCCAUUUGCCAGAAACACUGAUCGACUUACACGGCCAUUCAUGUAACUGGUGGUAAAACCCGACCCUCUUUUAAGCAGAAAUUUAAUUGCAGGCUUUUGUGAGGGCAUUAUUGCCUUUACUAAAGAUAAAGGAAGCACUCAAGUUGCUGGUAACAGUAUGCUGCACCCACUGCUUGCUCACUUGCCUCAAAGUCAUUUACUGUAGGGCGAUAAAUCGUGCGUGAUAGGACCGUGUAAAGAAUGUUCCAUGUGUGUAUUAUGUACAGUAUAGGAAUUACACAGUGCACAUAUUCAUCUCAAUGUUGUCUGUGUUCAGUCAACAGAAUUAUUUUGGAGAAUGUUCUUCAACAGUUGUAUUUGGGAAGCACUACAAAUAUUCAGAAUGGACCCAGAACCUGUAAAGAUGCAGGAAAUAAAGCAUUCUUGUGAAGAGGUGGAGAGGAAAGGUAGCAUCUGAGUUACAGGAAUAUUUAACUCUUACUUCUUAUUUAUUGGUGCAUGUGGAAACUGACACCUUACUAAUUUUGCUUAGAAAUUGCAUGCCAUCAUGCUUUUUUGGAUUGUGCUAUUUGGGAGGUGGGCUGUGCUCAGCCUGUUUCAGCACCACUCCCUUUCCCCAGAUGUGUUGGAAAUGUGAACAAGGAGGGCUAGAGGUGGUGGAAACUGGUACUGCACUGACUUGUUGAAUUUUUACCUCCCCUGCUGCUGUCAUUGUGGAUAUCAUCAGACAAUACACUGGACCCCCCCCCCCCUUCGUUUUGCUGACUGCCUUUGUCCUGGAAGCAGUUUUUAAAGAUUAUUUUGCUUUUAGAUCGCCGUGCUAAAUUGUUGACUUGACAGUGCUGUGGUUUGUUGUUAAGACAAGGCUGAUCUGUGUAGAUAUGGAUCUAUAUCUAUGUGUCUACCGAGGUUUUUGCAGUGACGUUGUGAUAUAGAUUUGAGAAGAGUGUUAGGUGAGAGAGAGAAAUUGAGAGGUAUGCAUGGUGAGGAAGAGAGAGCUGGAGACAAAGAGAUAAUGUGUGUGUGUAUGUGAGAGAGAGAGAGAGAGUUACAUAAGAGGCAAGUUACAGCACCCACAAGCCUGAGAGAGUUUGUCGCAGCUGGAUACAGGAGCAAACGAGAGGCGAGUGCCGCCGCUGCCUCUCUCUACCUGCCAAAGUGACACCAGGGUCAAUGAGUCUGAUUACAAAUAUCAGAUGUUGAAUUCCCUUCACUUUGGCACCAGCAGAAGGAUAAACAGUAUGUGAGUGAAGCUGGACACUGAGUUUCCCUCUGGCACUAGAAUGGAGGUGAAUGAAAUUCAAACCCUCCAGGAAAGGAAAAUCCCACUGACUUUUAUUAGGGAGACAUCUUAUGUAUGUAUUCAAUAUUAUGCGAAAGCAGCUUUAUGCACCCCUGCAAUCCAAUCAGUGUGGUCGCCCGCAGAAACUAUCAACACAAUCUUUCUUCAAUUUGGCUUUGUCCAACAGGCUUUGUGUGUGUGUGUGUGUGUGUGUGUGUGUCUGUGUGUGUGUGUUUGUGUGUGCGAGUGUGUGUGUGUGUUUAAUGUUUGUUUGUGUGAAGGAGUGACUGAACGCGCAUGUGGAGCUGGAAACUGCUUUUGGCUUUGGUGCCUUGCUUCAACGUGAGAAAAAAAUGAGAUAAAAAAUUCGCCACAUGUGACAGAUGGCAAUUUUAGUGGCCCUACAAUGCUGCAGUCCAUUAGCUUACAUUGAAACUCCCUUUGACUCUGUUUAUUCGCUCAGCUUAGUCUGCCCCAAGAGUAGUAGAAUUAGGCUUUUUCUUUUUUUAAAGCAUGGCCAAUGAUUUAUUGAGUAUAAAAAAGAAAAAAAAAGAAGAGAAUGUAUAUUUUGAUGGAGCAGGCGAUGUGUGUUUGUGUGUGCAUGAGUUUCGGGUGUUCAGUGUCUGUGAGAGUUGUGAACAAUGGCCGGUGUUUGUUACUGUUGAUUAUGAGGUGUUGUUGAUUAUUUUGAUAUUGGUCAGUAAUUUAUUAAUCAGAAAAUAGCCCCAACAUAUUAUUUACAACUUUGUGCAUCACUAUUUAGAAUAAAAGGGUUUCAGAACAUGACAGAGAUGUUAUUCAGAUCAUAGAAAAUGCGUGUUGUUGAUAUUUCUGAAAGCGCCAAACGCCUUACUUCAAUGUUUAAUCUCUUAUCUAUCUGAAAACAAUGUUUUAAAAGUGAACCUUAGUACAAGUGACAUGGUUAUACACACAGGAGUCCUUAUAUGGGGUUUGACGUUUCUCAAUGUUAUGAAAGUGUUGUAAGAUUUGUAUUAAUAAAUUUUUGUAAACAACA